UUUAACUUACCCAAACUAGCAACUGAAAAACACCUCAAAAGUGUGAACUGAAAGCGGCGAUUCUCUUCACAAAAAAAGGGUAAAUUCUGUUCAAAUUAUUACGGCCAUGGAUGAGCUAUAGAAGCAGAUUUAACAUUUUAAAUCAGUAAGUGUUUGUUUGGGUAGUAGAAAAUGGAGGCUCUGAAGAAAGCAUAUGCGGAGAUAAUUCUGAAUAUGGCAAAGGAGGCGGCAGCGCGGGUCAUGGUCUCAGAGCAAAAAGCCCUUAAAUUUCAGCAGGAUUUGCAUUCCACUAAAGAGGAAGCCCUUCGAAUGCUUCUUCGUUUGAAAUCGAUGAUUGAUGCUAAGACAACUGAAGCUGAAAGAUUGUCCCAAAAUAAGCAAAGAAGAAUUGAUGAAUUAGAAGCUCAGCUUAAUGAAGCGGAAGGGAUGAUAAUAGAUCUUAGAGCAGAAUUAUACAAUGUGCGGGAGCAGUUGAAUGAGGAGAAGAAUAAGCAUCUCCAUUACUUGAGACCACAUGUAAAAGAAGAUUUGGUGUGUCGCAAGAGUAUUCAGUCAAAGCUAAAUAAUUUUGAGUCAUUAAAUUUCCCUACUGAAUUGGGAUCCAAUGUCUGCAAAUCAGCACUCAUGUCAGACAUAGCAUUGUGCAAUUACUCAACAGACAAUCAUAUUUUGGCUGCAGAGAUUGUGAAAAGCAAUGAGCCUGAGAUUUAUCAAAAUGGAUAUUGUUCAAUAGAGAUGAGCUUAGCAGAUGAGAGAUUGCAUUCUGGAGAUGAUCCAAGUUUUCCCAUUGAAGUUACACAGGUUACUGAACCAAGUGGACGAGAUGCUGGAGCACACAAUGUGCCAGUGACUAAAGCUAAGAAAAUAGAGAAUUUAGUUGGUGAAAAACCACUUAAAGGCCUUUCCUCUAAGCAGCGGCCCUAUACAUUCCGAGGAAAAAGACGAAGAAAAGCUCAAUAUGGCAAAACCAAAAAUAGCUCUUGCAAGGUUCGUUGUAAUAAGCUCAUGUUAUCACAACGACCAUUGACAACAAUUUCUCGUUCUGCAAGAUACUUGCAUGCAGGCGCUUAUUAUGACAGUCCUGAUAGUCCUUCCACUAAUACUGAGAGAGAAAACGCAGCAGGAAGUUCUUUCUUGUUGGGUAAAAGAGAGCCACGAAACAAGGAUCUAACCAUUGCUGUUGCUCGUAGAAGUAUUAGGAAAAGACGCGUCAAAUACUUGGACAACAGUUUUCCUGCAUCAUUGUCACAUAGCUCCCACUCUAAUCACCUGACCAGACCUGGUCAGCAGUGUCCAUCUUUUUCUCAUAGCAAGUGUAAUGCAGUUGAAUGCACCAUGAAAUCCACUAAAUUAACAAAUGAAGGCGAUAUUGAAGAGGGUGCAGGUUUUCUAACAGAUAACAAGAUAUGUAGAGAGUCUGCAAGUGCAGAUUCAAACGACGACAAAGAGUUGAUAGAUGUCUCGGUGAUUGUAGAGGAGGGUGAUGAUAAAUCACUGCUUGACGUGACCAUGUUACCAGUUGAAUCUAUCUUUGGAGAUGACAAAGCAUCUGAAGGAAGUAAGGAAUCACCUGUUCAAGGUAACAACAAGACACCUCUCAGGUUUACAUUCAGCAGAAAGCGUAAGAAGGAUUCCUUGUUGAAUCCAAAUGAGAACCCUUCUCCAGUAAGCUCAAUGAAGAAAAGGUCUGCAGAGAUAGAAAACACUGAUCCAAGAUUGAAGGAUUCAAAACCGUUGAAGGAUUCGCCUUUAAGAAGUAAACAGUUGGUGCAGGUUGCUCGUCAGCUUGUCUCUCUGUCAGGAAGAAGCUGGUGGUAGUAGUUUUGCAGUCCCUAUGGGUGUUGAAGACCAUAAAUUUAUAAGGCUUUUGGGCAAUGUAGUCGCAUAUUUAUUCAAUUUCCUGAUACCGCAUCAAUGGCUUAAUAUAUAGUAGAUGCGCUGUUCUUUUCCAUCUUUGGCGGGAUCAUCGUGUAAUUAUCCAGGCAUUAUCAUAGUUGAGCUGUUUUUUGAGUGUCAUUAUCUAUUCUUUUA